CAACGACGUCAACGAGAACGGAAAGACCUGAUAAAAACGACUUAUGUUGAGGAAAGGAUGUUGAAUACUUCAAGAUACUUUAUGAUCUUGUCCUUCUUCCGUGAUUUUCAUGAUCAACGUCUUCUUCCUAGUAUAGGUUGAUAUGAUCACCAACGUCUUCCAUGAUCAUCAACGUCUUCUUCCUAUAGGUCAAUAUCGUGCUCAUUUCCUGACGACGACGAGACCCACUCUUCUUUCAUUCACUGCUGUACCAAGCGAGUUUUCUCCUGGUGGCUCCAGUCCUGUGGAUCGUGGUUUCGUUGCCGCAUUUUCCUGGUCUAUUUGCAGUGUACUUCGCGAUCACCAUUCUGCCUCUUUUCACCUCGUUGGAUGCUUUGAUCGAUCUAGAGUCGUUUGGGUCCACGUCUUCGCCUACUUGUUCC